GUUUGCAGGGAGAAUGUGCACGACUUUAGGAGACAUGGUACAGUGUGACUUCCUUAUGCAGAAGCUGUAAUAUGGGCUACUGAGUAUUAACCUGAUAUAAUAAUUGUGUUAACGUGCUUUAGUCUUGCAUCUGACUAGAGUAUCCACUUACUAUGAUAGCGGUACGGAUAUUGUAUAGGACGUGGUCUAUAAAAUCAUGUGGCAUGAAUGGCUUUAUGUGGCAUGGGGUUCCCCGAUUAAACUGCCAACAAGGUCUUAAAUGGACUAUAAGUAAGUGUUUGAGUGUUGGAGCUGGUGACAAUUACAAGAACUCGUUCGCUAAACGGUCUAAACCUUCCAAAAACAAGGUUAACAGAAAUGGAUCCCCUCACACCAUUGCAGUGUUCUCAGCAGGAGCAGCAAAGGCAAGAUCUGAGGUGAUGCAGCACAAAGCCAAAACCUUCCAUGACUCAGAAAAUACCUUUCCCCAGAAAGGGCAGAUAGAAAUCCCUUCAGGUCCCUUAGAGGCCAAAGAGUGGAGCAAACUGAAAGAUGAAUCCAGAAGGGUCCGUGGCUUUGAAGAUUUUAUGAUGUCGCAAAUGAUCUCUGCCAAUAGUGACAUUGAUGUCGCCAAGUCCCUGCUGGUAUUUGCAGCCAAAGAGCAAAGCGGCAUUUCGUACAAGCUGCUGCUGAAAUACCUAGCCUUAUGCGUUAGGCAGAACCAGGUUGCUGAAGUGUGUGACGUUUACGAUAUCAUGAAAAAUAAAUUCAAGACUUUCGACACAGGAGCUUAUUCAUUGUUCAUUAAAGGCUUUAGUCUGACAGAUCGCUGGAGAGAUUCAAUAUCAAUGCUGGAAACACUUAAGAAAACUAUUACUCCUUCCCCUGUCAAUUAUGGGCACUGUAUCCAGGGAGCUAUAUAUCACAAAGAUGAUGAGCUGGCAUGGGCCUUGUAUGAUGAAAUGCUUAAAGCUGAUCUCACCCCCUGUGAAGAAACUAUACAGUCUCUGUUCAAUGCUGAUCCUGACUUGCAACAUGAGACCUUUAGAAAUAAACUCAUUGGUGUCUUGGAUUAUUUCAGAGACCAUCAGAUUUAUCCAAAGGAGCCUCUAAUGCAAAAUAUAAAGUCUUGGUUUGAAAGCAUCCCAAAUGAAAGCUGGAAGGGGCAUUUAAGUACAGUCUCUGACACUGGGUACUGCCAGUCUUGUAAACAGCAGCUGGAAUCCAUUCACCUGAUGCCAGGGGAGUACAUGACUCUGAAAGAUGUCUUCCUUCGUAGUGUCAUUGAAGGGCAUGAUACCUUCCGCAAGACUACUCCACAGGAACUGCAGGAGUUUUGUCAGUUUGUGAAAUCCCGUCCACCAUAUGACAUUGUAGUUGAUGGACUAAACGUGUCCUACCUUACCACUAAAGGACCUCGCUCUCAGACGCUCCUGGACGUUGUAAGCAGCCUGUCUUCUGGGGGGAAGCGAGUACUUGUGCUGGGAAGGAAGCACAUGCUGCAAGAAUCCCGAAUAUGGUUGAGGCACCACAUGAAUCUGCUUCAGCAAAGGGCCGACUGCUUCUUCCUUGAUAACAUAUCAGAAGAUGACCCCUUCCUGCUCUAUGCUAGUUUAAACUCUGGCAUUCACUGCCGCUUUUUGACCAGGGACCUUAUGCGAGACCACAAAUCCUGUUUGCCCAAUGCUCAAACCAGGCGGCUUUUCUUCAAAUGGCAGAGAGGGCAUCAGCUGGUGCUCCCCUUUUACACACCCGGGAACAAAGUUCACUUGCAGCCAAUAAUGUGCUACGACACCAUAAUGCAGAGAACGGACUUCUCCUGGCACAUUCCAUAUGAUAAGAUGGGGGUGGACAGAGCUUCUUUUGAGGUGCCCAAGACGUGGUUGUGUUUGCAGAAGAAGCACUAACAAGAUUGCUGAGCCCAGUCUCCAAUGGCAUCUACUGGAGACCCUAACCCUAACCCUAGAACCGUAUACCUUUUUGCAUUGUUAACUUUCAUUUACUGUUGGACAAAAUGUACUAAAACCCCUUCUGUGUUUGUAGUGAAUACAUUUUGUAUUAUUUACAAAUCUUUAUGCAAAGGUUUCAGACUCUCAGCAAUUAUUUACUUGCUACCCCAUACUGUGUAACCUAAAGGGCCACUUGUAGAGGUGUCACCUAACCCCCUGCAAUGAGGGAGUAAAAUGAUAAAUUCUGGACAUAAAAACAUGUAUAUUUUUUUUAUAUUUUAAAAAUGUGAAUUAUUUUUUGUUUUCCCCACUCUCAUGUUACCCAGUAGCAGCUCAAUGAGCCAGAGUGCUGCUUUUCUGUUUGAUACAUUAGUUAAUACAUUGCUUAGCAGCAGCUUCAAGCCCUACUGAGCAUGCUCCUUAAGAUAUGACUUAAUGUAUUACAUAGUACAUAGCUUAUAUAGCAGGGAGGAAAUCCAUCUUUUUGAAAAACUAAAUAAUAUAAAAUGAAAAGCAACUGCAACUGGGCAAAGUCUUUAUUUCUGAAAUACCUCUUGAAAAUGAGCUGGGUGAAUGUGAACUGCCCCUUUCACGUAUAAUGAAAGUUCCAAUCCAAGGACUUUAAUGACUUACCUAAUAACCCGAGCCAGUGCUCCUGUUUGCAGAAAACUGCACUGGCCCAGGCACUAGCCAGCGAGUGAUCCUCUUCCUUCACCCGGGCUAGCAGAACGGCUUUUUGUUCUACUGUGCUUGAAUCGGCAGUGGAUUCUGAAGAAACAAGAAAGGAGGAAGUGGAUCAGUCGCUGCCUAGUGCCCCAGGCCAGUGCAGUUUUCUUCUAACAGGAGCUCCGGCCCCGGGGUAUCAGGUAAGUCAUUACAAUCCUUGGGGGUGCCCUAACAUUUGCCACCCCCCUUGGAUUGGAACUUUCCUUCUGCUUUAAAUGCUAUUACUACAUUUUCAGUAAAAUGUAAUGUUCAUGGGUUAUUCUGCUCAGUGAGCUGUAUUUAUUCAGGUUUCUAUUUGAGCAUAGUUUCCAUGUGCAGAGAUCAUCGCUCUAAAUCACAAGUUCCCUUUAUGUAAAUCAGCAUGCAAUAAACACCACAGAUGAUCUAUAAGUAAGUGUUUCCAUAUUUUGAUAGAAAUGUAAGAUAUUAGUUGCCUUAUAAAUGUCACUUCAAACAGGAAGUGAUUAGGCCUUUAUUGCUUCCUACAGUACCUAGACAUAAUACAACAGUAAUGGAAGACUAUAUGCAAUGGGUAAUCUUUUACCAAAGGGCCACUAUACCUUUAAAUGUUCUUAUAGAAUUAAGCAUGAGAAUAACUGUGCUGACACAAUUUGUAUGUCCUCUUUCUGGACAGGUUGUGACAGAAUCAUUUUAUUCUGCCCAGUUGUACUCCCAAAAGUUUAAAAUGUGUUUUAUCACAGUCACAAUCUAACAUUUUUUGUAUUUUUUUGGCGUUUGACCCAUGUU